AUGCAUCUAGUACUGUUUGUAUGGACACACAGGCACUCGGACUUGGCCUCCCUGAGCAGCGCCAUUGCCAGAAUCCAGAAGACCGGACAGACCACAAACACAGCGGCCGCUAUUGAUGUUGUGACGUCAUCAAUAUUCACGGCCAGUGAAGGCGCCCGUGCUAACGCGAAGAGAGUGACCGUCCUGCUGACCGAUGGUGCUUCAGGCGAUCGUCCUGCGACCGUUGCUGCCGCUCAGAAGGCCAAAGACAAAGGUGUGAUCAUGUUCACCGUUGGGGUAGGCAGUGUUAACGAGGAGGAACUCAACAACGUCGCCAGUCAACCCAGUUGCACCCAUUUCUACAAACUCAACAGCUUCGGGGAGAUCGACCACCUGGUGUAUGACAUCAAGAAGCGGUCGUGUACAGCCCCUAAAGUUAUAUCAGCAACGUCCGAUGAUGACACGCCCUCCUCCGUGACCACGCCCCUCAGCAUUGACCCUGUGAGGAACACCUACGUUCUUCAUCCAAACAAUUCCGUCUCGCAGUCGGGAACGGAGAAAGUUAUUAAAACUGAUGUAGAAUGUGGUAUCCUGAAUGUAUACGCCUCCUAUGACACGCCCAACCCUGGCCCAGCGUUCUACAGCGUCACGUCGCAGGUGGUGGACGGGCGACCUUCCAUUAUGAAGGUCAACACUACCAGGGAAGGGAGACCACUCUUUGUGACCGUCAUUGGCACCAAGCUUCAGGAGUCUUGCUCCGAUAUCUUGAAGUGCCGGGAUGCCAAGUUCUCCCUUAGUGUAGAAGAUGCCCCUGUAACUUCUGUUGCUGAGGUGCUGUGUCGUACUUGGGAGGGGGAACGCACGUGCACAGAAGCUGACCUGGUCAACAACGGAUUCCUCGUCCCCUCGUGUCCACCAACCACCAGCACCGUGGACCUCCAGGAACCUAUCAUCUCCAACCCCUGCAUCAGCGACGUCACCACGGCGAGCAACGGCUUCCAGCCUCAUCCCACCGACGCCACCAAGUUCAUCGUCUGUGACAUCAGAGGAAACAUGUACAUCACAAACUGUCCCAGCGAUGGGAUAUUUAACAGUAGAUCUAACACUUGUAACAACGCUCCAGUGUUCUCCCUCGCCGACACCGUUAUCUACGCCGACCCCAACCUCGACUACAUCUGUAACGACAUGCUGGUUCCCAGCAAAAUGCACUUCCCCCACCCUACGAACAAGGCACUGUACAUCCAGUGCAGUUUGCUGAGCGUCGCUUUCGUCAGACCAUGUGGCAACGGGACCGUCUACAAUGAUGACAUUCAGAACUGCGCAGACGUCGCCUCCGACCCUGUGAAAGUCAAGGUUGCUGAGAAUCCAUGUAAGACCGCACGUGUUGGCUCCCUGCACGCCCACUCCGAUCCCAAAAAGUUCCUUCAGUGUACUUCCUUCGCCUCGUACGCCAUCAAGUCAUGUGGGAUGGGUACCCGGUGGGAUGAUGUUUUGAAGACAUGCGGCUGGUAAUGGCAGUAGCACACGGAAAGACAACAGAAAUACCAGCAAACUUGGCCUCAUAGCAGAAACAUCGUCACAUCGUCAGAACAUCCUACAACAUGACGACAUCUUGUAUUGGUGAUAUUUGUUCAACAUUUUAUCCGUUGUAAUUAACCUUAAAUACACCAUGCCACUAUC